CUAGUUGGCAGUUGAUGGAGGUCUUGAGAAAGGAACCACCAACAUGCUAUCGCUUUACCGAAAGUGCCCUCAAGGGCUGCUGCCGCAACUUGCAAAAAACACAUCCAAUGUUCGUUAUAUUUAAAGGUUGGAAAAGCACUUCAAAACCCUAUCCAUAUUCUCACUAAUCGAUCAACCACCCCCGCCAACAUCCUUCGCAUCAACAAUGGAGAUUUCAAUCUCUGAUCCUCGUCCUCUUCUCUUUCCUUACUACCGUUACACCAUUCCUCGUAAUUACGUUCACUGGGUUCAAACCUCCGACUCUCAUCUUUUCUCCGCCGAUCUCCCUGGUGUUCGGAAGGAGGAGAUAAAAGUGGAAGUUGAAGAUUCGCGGUACCUGAUCAUUCGAACAGAGGCUGUGGAUGGAGUUACGUCUCCGGCGAAGAGUUUCUCCAGGAAAUUUCGGCUUCCGGUUAUGGUUGAUGUAGAUGGAAUUUCGGCUGGGUUUGAGAAUGGAGUUUUGGAGAUUACGGUACCCAGGUCGUCUUUUAGGAGAAGAGCUGUUGCUCAUUCUCCUGAUCAACUUCAACUUCUUGCUCGGGCUGCUUGAUCGAUCAAUUAGAAUUCGAGUUUGCUGCCCUCUGCUGCUUUCUAUUAUUGUCCACUUUUUCUUCUUUUGGUUGGUUGGAAAAUUUAAUGGAUUAAUUGUUGCUGGAAAUGGAGAAAUUUGAAGCUCUGUAUUGAUAAUUUGUGAUGAAUAGGAAGAAUUUAUGUAUCAACAAAUUAAAUUGUUGGGUUUACAAGUAGAAGUAAGUGUAGGAUUGGAUUGAUCUCAAUCAAUGAAAACUGUCUCUCAACUUAAA